CCGCGUUGCUGUUCACGGCACCGGAUUAGGACGAUGUGAACCGACAGCACUGCGUACGGAAGUUGUUCCGCGUGGACACAGUGCAGGUGGUGCGUGUCUUGUGUGUCAAUAAGGACAAUGUCUAAGAAGGGUGGAGUGGACAUUGGCUGGAGUGGACACUGCUGAGGCGGAACUCUGUAGAUGUCAUCCUCUAUUUCAGCUUUGUCCUCAGAAUAUGCCCAGGCAUCACCAUGAAUCUGACACUGAGCUCCAAGCCUGGAUUCUUCCUCACCAACAGCUCUCCUGGAAUGAGAGAUUAUCCUGGCAUCGCCGUCAUUCCUCAAGACUUGUUGCCAGAGGGUGACGCUCAUCAAGCCAAUGUCUCCCUUCUCACACGGGGGGCCAACUUGACCAGCUCCCUAAAUGCCACCGUCACACCCACUGUGGUGUACGAUCCCCUCGGUGGACACUCUGUCUGGCAAGUCAUCAUCAUUGUUCUACUGACAGGGUCUUUAUCCCUGGUCACAAUUAUUGGAAAUGUCUUGGUAGUAGUGUCAUUCAAAGUUAACAAACAGCUGAAGACAGUGAAUAACUAUUAUCUGCUCAGCCUGGCUUUUGCCGACCUCAUUAUUGGCAUAUUGUCAAUGAAUCUCUACACUACUUACAUCAUCAUGGGCAGGUGGUCACUUGGAAACUGGGCGUGUGACUUAUGGCUGGCUAUUGAUUAUGUGGCAAGCAAUGCCUCGGUUAUGAACCUGCUGGUAAUCAGCUUUGACAGAUACUUCUCGGUCACAAGACCACUUACUUACAGGGCGAAACGGACGACUAAAAGAGCAAUGACUAUGAUUGGUCUUGCCUGGUUUAUUUCCUUUGUGCUCUGGGCACCUGCGAUCCUGUUCUGGCAGUACUUUGUAGGGAAACGGACAGUACCUCCAGGAGAGUGCUACAUCCAGUUCCUUUCAGAACCGAUUAUCACAUUCUGCACUGCAAUCGCAGCCUUCUACCUGCCCGUGACCAUCAUGACUGUCCUAUACUGGCGGAUAUAUAAAGAGACAGAGAACCGAUCCAAGGACCUGGCAGGGUUGAAGGGCUCAGGGAGCCAGGUCAAGCAGAGCAGCGAAGAGGAAUCUACCGCAAUGAUGCCGUCAAGAGACAGCUCUUACAGUGGUGUCAACUACAGCCUAACCCAGCCUGUUCAAACGGACUCUGAGAAAAAGAAAGGGAAUAGUUACCGCUUCUGGCUGCUGGGUCGUAGUGGGCAAAAAGUUUGUAGCCCUGGUGACCAAGAACACAGCAGUAGUGAUAGCUGGAAUAACAAUGAUGGUGGAGCGUCGAUCGACCAAUCGGAUGAAGAACAGGAUGAAGAAGGUGCCAACGCAAGGGCCAUUUACUCCAUAGCGGUGGACAUGCCUGAAACGAGGACAGACGGCAACUCCGGGACGUCUAAACAAGGACAGCUAAAGCCUGAAAACCUUGCUGCGGAAAGACCUUCUAGGAAAAGCUCUUCCAAAUCCCCCAACCUGUCCCUGCCCUCUGUGGACAACCCUAAGCCUUGCGGGAGCUCUUCUGCCUCAAAAUCACCUUCAGUACCUCCGUCCUUCAAGGAUGAAACUAUGACGAAGGAUUUGGUCUCGACGGCCAAGACGCAAGCCAACAAACGCAAGAAGGUAUCACUCGUUAAAGAGAAAAAGGCAGCACAGACGUUAAGUGCCAUCCUGCUUGCCUUCAUCAUCACAUGGACUCCAUAUAACAUCAUGGUCCUUGUAAAUACAUUUUGUAAUGACUGUAUCCCAGUGGGUCUGUGGGCUCUGGGAUACUGGCUGUGCUACGUAAAUAGCACAGUCAACCCCAUGUGCUAUGCACUGUGUAACAAAAACUUCCGCAUCACCUUCAAAACGAUCCUGCUGUGCCAGUGGGAUAGACAGAAACAGAAUAAGCCUCACCUGCAACAGAAUCCAGCGGUAGUGGCCUACAGGAAGAAGGAACUAAUGUAG